CAAAUGUCACUUUUGCGUUUGAAGAUCAUUCUCAAGGAAGUUUACCUCAUUUUCAAUUACUUUGUCUUGUACAUCCUGGCGAGUAGUUCAGACGUGAGAGAACGAAUAAUAGGAGGAUCGGAAUGCAACCAGAGUUAUAUUUUUUUCGUAUCGAUACGUCAUUUUCCGACCAGCACCGUUAUCUGUGGAGGAACUUUAUUGAGUGCCUAUUGGGUACUCACCGCUGCACAUUGCGAUGCCCACAAUUUAUACGUUUGGGUUGAAAUGGCAAAAAAACCUAGAGAUUUUCAUUGGUCCAAGGUGACAAAAAGAUACCCACAUCCGAGAUUCGAUAGGGAAACAUUAGCAAACGAUAUUGAAUUGAUGAAACUUGGCAGUCCAAUGUUCGAAAGUCACGUCAUUGCUUACGUAGCACUUCCAACUGAAGCAUACAAGGGUGAUGUGAGCAGAAAAUGUCCCAAAGCACUAGUGAUGGGACUCGGGAUGACUACUUCUAUCAGCAAGAAAAUGUCAAAAGUAUUGAACUGCGUUGAAAUGAAAACAAUUAGUUAUGAAAUAUGCUAUAAUUAUUAUGUAUUCUUCAAUAUAACGGAUAACGUUAUAUGUACCCUAUCUAUAGGUAAAGAUGCAUGCAAAGGUGAUUCGGGAGGGCCUUUACUCUGCGACGACGUGCAAUAUGGUAUUGUUAGUUGGGGUAUCUCGUGCGAUAUCGGGUUUCCGGGAGUUUAUACAAGAGUCGAUAAAUACUUGAAAUUUAUUGAAAAAACUAUGAACUGCUGUUGGUCAAGAGAUAAUUUCUGGCAAUUGUGGCUAUUGGUGACUAUCGUUCACUCAAUUUUAUGA